GGCUCGCUGUCGGCACAGAACCCUCCCUGUCCUUGUGAGUCAUAAUCCUGUCCAGUUCUCAGAACACAUUGGCAGCUGUUCCCUUCUCACCUGGGCAAGCAUGCGCCUCCCUGGCCCGCUCCCACCAUGGCUUCUGGCCCUACUUGUGUCCCUGUCGCAGAGGGCAGGAAGUGACUUGACUGACUGACCAGCAUGAGCAGGACCCAUCUGCUAGAAAUCAAUAGAAGAAAAUGCCAGCACAUGCAAGCUGAUAAGAGUCCUGAUUUUUGCCCGGAUGGAAAGUGAUUACUGUGCGUUCCCAAGAAAGUGAAUGAAUAACACCGGCCCUGGUGCCUUGUGGUGUCAGUGACUCACGCCCUUGAACUCAGACUCUAAGACAGAGCGUGACUUGUGGGUACAGACUGCUUUUCCUGUGCCCGGUUGGUUUCUUUCAGGGACCCGCGAACCUCCUGAUGCUGGAGGCUUCCCAUCAGCCCAAUGGAGAGAAGCCUGCGGAACGUUCUCGUGCUUUCCUUGGGGUUCCUGCUCCUCUUCACGGCCUACGGAGGGCUGCAGAGUCUGCAGAGCAGCCUGUACAGCGAGGAGGGCCUGGGGGUGACGGCGCUCAGCACGCUCUACGGCGGGAUGCUGCUCUCCUCCAUGUUCCUGCCGCCGCUGCUCAUUCAGAAGCUUGGCUGCAAGUGGGCCAUCGUCCUCUCCAUGUGCUGCUACGUGGCCUUCUCCCUGGGCAACUUCCACGCCAGCUGGUACACACUCGUGCCCACCUCCAUCCUGCUGGGCCUGGGAGCAGCCCCGCUGUGGUCUGCGCAGGGCACGUACCUCACCGUCACGGGAAACAGGCACGCAGAGGGCACAGGGCAGGCGGGCAAGGACGUGGUGAACCAGUACUUCGGCAUCUUCUUCCUCAUAUUCCAGUCGUCCGGGGUGUGGGGCAACCUCAUCUCAUCACUGGUGUUCGGCCAGACACCCACUCAAGGGACCAUCCCGGAGCAGCAGCUCCUGUCCUGCGGGGCCAGGGACUGCCUGAUGGCCACGGCUCCCGCCAACAGCACGAACCGCCCCUCGCAGGAGCUAAUCUACACCUUGCUGGGCAUCUACACGGGGAGCGGCGUCCUGGCAGUCCUGCUGACAGCUGUGUUUCUCGAACCCGUAAAAGAUGCUCAGCAGAAAAGAGAGGGAGAGAAGAAAGCACCACCAUUUUGGUCCACUUUGCUGUCAACGUUCAAGCUUUUUAGGGACAAGCGUCUGCGCCUCCUGGUCCUGCUGCCUCUGUACUCCGGGUUCGAGCAAGCCUUCCUCGCCGGCGACUACACGCGGUCCUACACCACCUGCGCCCUGGGCAUCCAGUUCGUGGGCUAUGUGAUGAUUUGCUUCGCGGCCGUCAACGCGCUCUGCUCGGUGCUCUAUGGGAAGCUCUCCAAGUUCACGGGCAGGACCGCUCUCUUCGCGCUGGGGGCCGUGACCCACCUGUCCUGCAUCAUCGCCCUGCUGCUGUGGAAGCCCCACCCCAGCCAGCUGCCCCUCUUCUUCACAUUUUCCGGCCUCUGGGGCAUGGCAGACGCUGUGUGGCAGACACAGAACAAUGAUCGGCAGAGGCUGUGACACAGGACAGAGCUCCCAGGCGCCAUCCAUGCCUUCUCUUUCCCUCAGCGGGAACAUCUCAAAAGACCACGGCGCGUUUGUCAGGACAACACAUUAGCGCUGGCACCUAACAAGCCUUUGGACCUUAUUCAGUCCCUUCAGCUUCCUCCCACCACCCUUCCUGCGCUCCAGGCCCCCCCAGGCCCCACACUACACAUUGUCUCCUGUCCCUCGCCUGGUCUGCGCCAGCUUCCGUUCCUCUUCGUAUGGAUGACCUUGAGCUUUGGGAGAACACCGGUCAGGUGUUUUGUAAAUCAACCCUUGAUCUGGGCUCUUCUGAGGCUUCCCGGCGAUGGGGCUGGUUAUGGGUUUGGGGGAGGAGGACGCAGAGUGACCGUCCUUCUCAUCACCGGGUCACAGGGUCCCUGACAGCACGCACCUGGUCGCAGGUGUGGGCUCUGGUCCCAGGUCCACCUUCGGUCUGUCCGACUCCUCCCCCACCGCGGCACCCUUCCCUCUCCACCGUCAAGCCUUUGGAAGCCUGUCACCGCGCCUACAGCCUAGGGUCCUAUAACCAAUCCCACCUCCUGGAAGAGGAGCCAUGUGUGCGCCGAGCAUCAUUCUUCCACAGGGAAUACGUGCAGCUUCUCCCAGGGGUACUCAGCUCCUGACUCGAGAAUUCAGCUCCAUCACAUGGGCUCAGGUGUGCACUGUGUCCUUUGGGCCACAAGCUAAAUGCCACCUCGUGCAUCACUUCGCUCCAGUUGUUCCAGCUUUGGCCACUGGGAUCCUGCACCAUGGCACCUGGGUCCUUGUGACAC